GAUUCAGAACAGUCAGAGUGAACAGCAGCUGCUACAGCGCUACCAUGUGGACAGCUGUUUAUCAGAACUUCAGGUGUUCGGAUUGGAUCCAGAUCCUUGUUCUGUUAAGGUUCUGAGUGGUCCAAUCCAGAUGUGACCAAACAAAUAUCUCUGAACUCUAGACCUAGAAGAACUGGGCCUGCGUGGAGUCACUGACCUUCCCUCCAUCCAGGACCUCUACUGAAUGAAAAUGGACACUAACGUGUCUGCAGAUCCCACACAUGCUGGACAUGAACGGUUUAGACUUUUACUACAGAGACAGCUUCUUAAAUAUUAUUUUAUCAAUCAAGUCAGUUGUCAUUUGUAUUGGACCAAAUUGCAUCAUGUGAAACGAAAGUGGUAAUCGAACACAGGGAAAGCUGAUGUUUUAACAGUUAUUUUUAUGAAUACAUUCUGCCACAACUGGUUCUCAGACAUUCAUGAUGUUGAUGCGGAAAAUGCAGUAUCCCCGCCUACAGAAAAAGUUGUUGGCUACUCUGUUGUGGAACUAAAUAAACAUGUCCACUGCUCUAACUUGGCUUUUUUUAUUUUUUCUCAUAUUAAAAAAUUCCUACAUAGACUGUUUCUAUAUCUAUUAUUUUAUUUCCUCUACAGUUUAUAUUUUACACUUAAUGUCUUGAAACCGAAGUCAGAUUUCAAGACACAAUCAUGGCCAGUAAACUAAUUCUGUGUUCAAACUGAUUCAAAUUCCACUCAAAAUUUGAAUCACCUUUGGCACUGCUGGCUUUCCAUACAGGGCAACGUAUUAAAUUUCAUCCGUUUGAUGUGGAUUUGUUUCCCGUUAAAUCUAAAUUAAAUCGACAAAAUGUUGCUGCUAUAGACGUCAAAACAUGUAAAUUAAGAUCAGAUCUGCAGGUGAACGUGAUAAAAUGUUACUGUCAGAAGUGGGAUUCGAACCCACGCCUCCAGGGGAGACUGCGACCUGAACGCAGCGCCUUAGACCGCUCGGCCAUCCUGACAUCACGGUACAACUUUCAAAACCCGCAGGAUUUAAACAACGUGAGCCUGUGGAUUUUAUUAAGCUGGGUAUCAAAACGGAUACGACAUCGCCUCUACGCCUCAAGGUUGAAAUAAACGGCCACAUAUCGCAGCGAGAAAGUCGGGUAGGAAAAGCUACAAUGUUACGAAAAGAUCGGCUACCCCCCACCAUUACUGGGUGAGUCACGAUCACGAGCUGGAUCAUGUUCGCACCUGUUCGUGGGUCUGGCUUUGUCGCAUCCUAAAUUUGGAUUUUUUUCGGAUCUGUUUAGUUCCUCCGAGCGUCAGUUUCGUUUCCCUUUCGUCGUCGCUAUUAAAGAAAAGCAGCAGAAGAAGAGUUUCGGUUCUCCCUUCGUACCGAAAGGAAGAGAAGACCUUCAUCGGACUGAAACGGCUCCUGAACAGUUUGGAGCGCAGACAUGAACCAAGCUGCUCCGAGCCAGCGACCCGUCAUCCCACAGGUCCGGUACCAUCCAUCCAUUCAGAUGGCAGGAAGUGGAACCACAGCCGGUGCUACUCGCCGUCCUCAGACCAGAACUCAACCUAAAACGGUCCAGAAGAACCAGAACUCCAACAGAACCGGUCCGGGUGGGGCGCGCGGACCACCUGACAACGAUCCAGGUCCAACUGCAGACCAAGCAUCAAGCAAACAGGGUCAGAGGUUCAGACCAGGUGCUGCUCACCACCCUCAGACCAGAACUGAGCCCAGAGUGGUCCAGAAGAACCAUGAUCCCAGCAGGACCGGUCCAUGUUUUAACAGAGGACCAGAACCCAAGAGGGAUCUGGGUUCUGCUGAAAACAAAGCUCCUCCCACACCAGACCAGGUCCCGCUGGACCCAAGGGCCGAACUGGACCGGAACCUGCUGCAGCAGGUGGAGGUUCUGACCCGCGGACAGAGCACCAACCAGGACUGGUUCCACUGGAGGAAGAAUCGGAUCACGGCCUCUGUGGCCCAUCGCAUCGCUCACUCCAGGUUCGUCAAUGGCAAGAGCAAAGCUCCGCCCAUUUCGUACCUGGCUGCCAUCACAGGCGAGGGGCCCAAAGUCCAGACCAGAGCCAUGAGCUGGGGCAUCGAGAAAGAGGCCGAGGUCGUCCGCAGGUACCAGACUCUGAAGUCGGCGGCGCUGGGCCGACCCGUCCGGGUUCUGGAGUGCGGCCUGUUCAUCGACGGCCAGCGGCCCUGGCUGGCGGCCAGCCCUGACGGCAUCGUGGUGGACGCGCGGAGCGGCCGCAGGCUGCUCUGUCUGGAGGUCAAAUGUCCCUACAAACACCGGCACCGUAGGGUGGAGGACGCCUGCAGGGACGACCCGGCCUUCUGCCUGCAGCUGCUGGACGGGGACACACCUGGACAGGCUCCAGUUUACGCCCUGAAGAAGUCCCACAGCUACUUCACGCAGAUCCAGGUCCAGCUGGCCGUCACAGGCCUGGACCGGGCCGACCUGGUCGUCUUCACUCUGAUGGAGACGGCCAUUGUCCCCGUGACCUUUGACCCCGACCUGUGGGAUGAGACGGUGUCCAAGCUGGAGGUCUUCUACCAGGAGGCUGUCCUCCCUCACCUCAGACAAAAAAUGCAGCAGAAAGCAGACGCAGGGCCAGAACUGUAGAAACAGGACGGUCCAAACAAAGGUGAUCUACUGGACAAGUCCUGUCCUCUGAGGACGGAUGUGUUCUGGUUCUGAGGGUGGUAGAGGACAAGGGACAUUUUUUAAGCUACUGAUUCUGUUAUACAUUACUUUAUUCAUCCCAGCAGGGAAAUUAUUUAUUUCAGAUUAAACAAGUCGGACUUCUGAGGAACUCGACCUUUUGAGUCCAGUUUGUCCAACAGCGUCCAACCAGAGACUGACAGAACCCUGAUGAGCUUCUGGAUCGGAACCAAUCCAAACGCUCUCAACUGGAUCAGCUCACACUUCCUCAUAUCGGACCUUUUUCUGUAGCGGGCUCAUGGUUACGAAAAUAAAUUCAUUUCGUAUGAAA